UCCUAGAUGAGAGCUACUACAUGGCCGCGGGAGAUCCGGUGGUCGGGUUCCUAGCUUACGGUGUCGGUGCCUGCUCCGUCAUGGUGACCUUGAUGGCGGAGGCGGGGCAAGGGGUUGAAAUCGCUACCUGGACGAUGAUUGUCUGGGCGGUGAUAACCGUCGUGAUCAGCUUAACAAGAAGCUUCGACCAAAUCGCAGUGUACGGCUGCCUUAACGACUACGACUUUUGCGUGGAGAACUUCAUCGACCUACGCUAUUCCUACGGCGACUGUCUCUGGCCGUCGUGCAAGCAUGAAGAAGGGAGUUGUGCAACCCGAAAUCGGAUAUUUGGCAGCGGAAAGGGCCACAGUGUUGAUCUUCAUGUGGACGUUGCACAGAACGUGAACUUUGCCUGCGACGAUAUCAUGGAUACUGUGGACGAUAUGCUCGCUUCGUACGUUCUUACGUGGUUUAUCCUGGUGGAGAUUGUCGUGACGGUUGUGCUGCAAGCGCGUCGCUGGCUGCCCUGCUGGCGUCACCACUGCCCCCAGCGAAUACGGUAACCAAUCGCAGAGAUCGAGGC